CCUUUCCCCUGACUUGCGGGGCAAUUGCGCUAAUUUGUCGAUUUCAUCUUUUACACCCUUGAUCUAUCGCUACCUUUCCAAACGUCGACUCUCGCCUCAGCCCGGAUCACUAGUCUCUCCUUGACAAACAGCGUCCACUACCGAACCGAUCCACUGCCCCCUCGAACGACCGUGCGCUUGACGCCUUCAAAAGCCUCGACCGGCCCUCAUCCCAUAGAGACGACAUUGGUGUUUAAAUCUCAAGCCACACGGUCUAGCUCCGACUCUGUACUUUAAUAUAAUUAUUUGUGAUCUACAACUCGAAUACCCAACAUCAUGGCUACUCCGGCCGCUUUACCGCCACUGCCGUUCAACCCUUCGAGGGUCCGGUCCUACGUUCUUCGCCUCCCUCUUUUCACUCGGCUUGUGCUCUUAGCGAUCAUCGUGUUCUGGUUACUCGAAUUGCAGACGGUGUGGAGUGUUAAACAAUGGGGUUCGCUGAUACCAGAGGAAAUCAACAUUGGCACCAUGUAUCGACUUAACACAUACCCAUUCAUCCACUUCGGAUUUUUUCAUGCCUUCCUGAAUCUCCUGGCUCUCACUCCAUUGUUGGAGCGGUUCGAGGCCGAGCAUGGCACAUUGACAGCAGUCGCUCUGUUCUUUGGCCCUCUUUCGACUUUUCCGGCGGGCGCGUAUAUUCUGAUCGAAAGAUUCGUCUUGCACAGAAAUACCGAAGUUUUUGGUGCCAGUGUUUGGGUCUUCCUGCUCUUGGGGUCGGAAGCCAUUAGAACCUUUAAAUCCAAUCCGUACUUCAGCCUUGGGCCGUACAAGAUCCCUACGUGGACCUCCCCCUUGUUUGCUUGUGGCCUGGUCUCGAUUUUUAUCCAGAAUGCGAGUCUUCUGGGCCAUCUCUGCGCCAUCUUAGUGGGCUAUCUGUUCGGUCUCGGGUAUCUGAAAGUUUUCGUCCCCCCUGAGAAGGUUCUGAGAUGGAUUGAAGGGAAAUUGAACCUUCUGGGAAGACUGCCACACUAUGUCUCGGUGGACCAGAAGACAUUUGGUCGGUAUGGUGUUCUUCCGACCACGACUGCCGGGGGCGAGAGGGCGACUCCAAUGAGCUAUCUAGGCUCCUCGCAGCGUCUGGGUGCUUGAGAACUUAAUAGACGGGUCAUCCUCUAGCCUAUCAUUCUUGUGCAUAUAUUAUACAUUCUACUAUACGUGAAUUUCUAUGUAAUGUGUAAAAGCGAG